AUGUCGUCGCCCGCUCGCAUGUCGCCGGGUCGGAUAUGGGGGGAAAUCAAGCGCAAAACCGAGCACGCCGGCAAAGGCAUCGCCUCGCGUUUGUCGCACAACUUCCGUAGUCACUCGGCUAGUCACCCGGGUAGUCGCAGCGGUCGCCGAGCGCAGCCCGACGACUCCGCGAGCGACGGCAGAGAUUCGGUCGGAGAAGACGACGACUGCCUCGCCAUGAGCUCCGACCCUUUCGCGAGCCCGAACCGCAGGAGCGUCUCGGGAUCCGUGGAUUCCGGGGUUCGGCCGCCUACGGUCCGACACUCGUUCUCCGGACCUAUUUCCGGCGCUAAGGACGAUGUCGCUGCGCCGCGGGUCGCGGAACCGACUAUCGCGGAACGAGAACCGCUGGGGGGUAUCGGGCUGUCUUAUAACGAGUCGUUGGAGAAGAGCAAAGAGGGGAUGGCCGACGAGAGGACAGACGCGGGCGGGGUUGGAGCGGAUGGAAGGGCAGAGGGAGGAGCGGCGGGAGAGGGAGAGAGGAAAGGAUCAGGAGUAGGAGCUGGGGGAGAGGCGAAAGGAGAGGUGAAGCGAGAGGAGAAGGGAGAGGCUAAAGGAGAGACGAAGGGAGAGUGGGGAGGGUGGGAUAUGACAGAGGAGCGGUUGGGAUGGUGCGAGGAGGCGCUAAAGCAGCUGAAGAAACGGAUACGCGAGCUUGACGCUGUAUCGAAUGUGACCGGGAAGCAAAGAUUCGUGGAGGAGUUCGAAGGGCUGCGGGCGAGAGCUUCGGGGGAGAGCAGGCAGGAAGCUACGUCGGCAAUGCUGCCAGUCAACCGCCCAAAGAACCGCUACAUUGACGUGCUCCCAUAUGAAAACAGUCGGGUGCUCUUGGGAGGGCAGAGCGGAACACAAUCGGACGGCUCAGAUUACAUCAACGCGUCGCAUAUAGUCACGGACCCGUCGGAGGCACACAUGCCGCGGUACAUAGCGGCGCAAGGCCCGCUGGACGACACGGCAGCAGCCUUCUGGCACAUGGUGUGGGAGCAGCGCGCCGCUGCUGUCAUCAUGCUCACACGGGAGGUGGAGGGAUCCCGGAUCAAGUGCGCACACUACUUCCCGUCCAAGGCGGGUGCGAGCGAGGUGUAUGGGCACAUGCGCGUGCGCAACGAGGCGACGGUGGAGAUGAGCGAUGGCGGCACGCUGCAGCGCCAACUCACAGUCACCAAUGAGACGGCGUCAGGCGCGCCCCUCUCGGUGCUGCAUCUGCACUACCUAGACUGGCCAGACCACGGGGUCCCUCGGGACACAGAGUCUAUUCGUGACCUCAUCCGCUCCCUCAGAGACUCGCCCUCGUCCGCUGGGCCGUUUGUCAUCCACUGCAGUGCGGGCAUCGGCCGCACGGGCGCCUACUGUGUGGUGGAUCAUGCAGUGCGGAGGGUGUUACAGGGCGACCUCUCAGCUCUCAACAUGGCUGCUACUGUGCUGCUUCUCCGACAGCAGCGGGCCGGCAUGGUUCAGACAAAGGAGCAGUACCGCUUCUGCUACACAGCAGUACGCGAUGAGCUCAAGCAUCUCAUCAAGACAUUCAACACCGGCCCCGAUUCCGACGACUCCUGA